AUUUGACAGUAAAUAAGUUGUCAUUUGUAGGUCUCUGACAAGUUGUGAGUGCAAUUUUCUUCUUUGCUCUUGAAAUCAUAAAAAAUGGCAGCACGUCGCGUUGCACAAUCCUCCAUUAACUGGUCUGCUUUGGCCGAACGUGUGCCACCCAACCAAAAGGCCAACUUCGCCGCCUUCAAAUCCAGAUCGGAUGUUUACAUGCGCGCUGUCAUGGCCAACCCAGAAAAUCCACCAAAGAUCGACUGGGCUCACUACAAGAAAUUGGUACCAAUUGCCGGUUUAGUCGACAAUUUCCAAAAGCAAUACGAUGCCGUUAAGGUUCCCUACCCAGCCGAUAACGUCAGCUCCCAGGUUGAUGCUCAAGCUAAGGAAACCAAAUCUGAAAUCGAUAACUUCAAGAAGAGCUCUGAUGCCCGCAUUGCUCAAUUGCAAAAGGAAAUCGAUCAUUUGAAAUCGUUGUUGCCAUUCGACCAAAUGACCAUGGAAGAUUACCGCGAUUCAUUCCCCGAUAUGGCUUUGGAUCCCGUCAAUCGUCCCUCUUUCUGGCCUCACACUCCUGAAGAGCAAGUCGGCUAUGUAUCCAAGGAAAUGGAAGCUGCUCGUGCUGCUCAUGAUCACUAAAGAGCUGAGUUUUUUAGCUGGUGGAAAUUUGGGUGUAGAUUUUAAGUUGUUUUGUAACUCUAAAUUUAUAAAAUCUAAGAGUUCUAAACUAAUUCUGUAAUUGUAAUGCGAAUUAUUUAACAAAUUACACAGUUUAUGAAUCGAUAAUUAAUUAAACAUCAUUAAUAAAGAAAACAUUCUUCGGAAAAUCUAUAA